AUGAGUGUACUAACCAAGAAAGGUCCUAAAAGAGAGCUGGAUGCUCUUGAACUGUUAAUUUCAAGGGCAGGCAAAGUAUUACAUAUCACAGCAGUCAUCCCCCAUAAAUCAAAAGCCAGCCUGCUAGGACCAGGUGAAAAAGCCAAGAUCAUGGCAGAGGCUGAAGAUCUCUGUGCUAAGGAGCUUGUCGGUUACAGCGCCCUCCUCCGGCGCCAGGCAGCCUCCCCAGGUUCAAUGCCAGCGAGCGGCGAUACCGAGGCGCUGGCAGUGGAGCCGGGCGUGUUCGGUAGCGGAGCAGGUUUGCCAGAGUCUAAACGCCCUGCCCGGCCGCCCACCCGCGCGCCGCUCCUCCCCACCCCUGUUCCAGUGCCCGGCAGCUUUCUGCUAGCCGGGGCGGCGGGUACUUAUCUCGGACCUGCGGUCGCUGGAGGGGACCCGCCCGGAGCCGCGCAACGACCAGUCCUUCAGCCGCCGACACCGCGCGUUACGCGCCGGGAACGGCUGCAAAAUGGACUCGCGGCGCCGACCGGGCCCCGCCCCAACGCCCUCCUCCCCCCGCACUUCGGUCCUCCUCCCCAGCCAGGCUUCGCCUUUGUUCCGCCUCCCGGCUCUUCCCUUUCCCUGGGGGAGGGAGUGGGUGAGAGGAGGCGGGAGUCCUUCCGGUGUCUCCAACCGCCACAGACAACCGCCACCACCCGCGGUGCGCCUGGAAGAGGGGAGGGUCUCGAGCUGCGCGCUUCUCUGACUUUCAGAGGGGCUGCGCGCGUCCGCGAAGCGCCGUUCCCGCGGCGCCUGGAAGCGGAUGUGGAUCGCGCGGACCCGCGGGCUUGGCCUGGACCGAGCGCGGGCAACGGCAGGCGGUGUCGUCCCGGGUGGAGCCGCCUGGGAAGAAAGUCGGCGCGCAACGAGAUGGUUGGGUUUGGAUUGUUGUACUUUUUUUUUUGUUCGUUGCAUUUUCAGGAACAAAAAAAAAAGCCCAACCCUUCACACCGCUUCAUCUGCAUCUCUCUGGACCAGAAGCCCGGCCACAGCGGCUUGAGGGGACGGAGACAACUGUCUGCCCCGCACCCCACAAUCCAGGGAGGGUGGGACGGGCACUCGUGUUGGGACCAACGCCAGGGCUCGAGCCAACGGCUCCAGCCAGAGCACAACCAAAAUAAGGUUUAUUGUCUCAGCAACCUUGCACCUAUUUCUUUGCAGACUUUAGGCUGAACACUAGCUACCCAAUAGGCUGAACACUGGCUACCCAAUCAAGAUUUCUUUUUAAGGAAAAUACCAUUGCCCGUUCCUUUAGUGAGAAAGAACUUAAAUGUGGCUCUAAAUUAUCUGCCGCUACGCUCACUAUUCUGACUUCCAGCUACCUCUAUAGGGACCUUGUCUAACAUCAGACUCAUUAAGCACUUACUAAUGACCAGUUCCAAGAAUACUUAUAAAGGAAAAGGAAUGGCUACUCCAAAACUUGCAAUUUGGGGGAAAGUGAAGCAAGGACAAAAAUCACAGAAUGUGCUCUGCUGUUGAGUUCGCCCCCAGUUGGGGAAGUGUGGGCUUUGGAAGUAGAAUUUGAAGGAAAGGUAUUCGAGGCCUAUCAGAAAUAGUACUUAGGCCUGGUGACUAAUAAUGCUUGGCUCAAGCCCUAUUACAAACAAAACCAAAAAACUCUCCCCACCCCUUCUGAGAUGUCCAGGUGCUUGCCAUGCCUGGGGUCCCUUAAACCCAGUUUGUGUGCAUCUCCCUUGAACCCAAUUUUGCCUUUGUAGAACAGUUCCUAUAUUUAUGUCAUUUUGUCUUCAUAACAAUACUGUGGGAUGGAAAUUAUGAUCUUCACCUUACAGGUGAGGAAACGGAUGAAAUGGAUUUCUCCAAGGUAAAAAACAAGAGGCAGAGCUGAAACUGCAAAGUCAGAUUCCAGGUGUAGAUUCUUUCUACAGCACAGUAACUGUCAGUGCCAACGAAAACAGGACCCCAGUCUCCUACCAAAUUAGGGUCAUUUUGUAAAAAAAACACCUGAUUUGUAGAAACAUUUUGCAUACCCUAAUAUUAAAAUGAUACAAGAGUGAAAGUUAGGUUAAUAAUUCAUAAAUCACAAAUUAUCCUUGUGUAAUUGUGUAAUACAUAUUUAUAUGUAUCUGGCUGGUGGUAGAUACUAAUUAAUAAACUGCCCAACUAAAUGUAAAACACUAAUUAAAUAUGCAUAGAAAUCCCUAGACUGUUUUAAAAAAUCAACUACUAAGAGAACAUUGUAUAUUAAACUCUCUUAAGUGUAGAAAAAUAGAAAAGGAAGAAGAAUCUCUCUCUCCUCCCAUGAUUCUAAUAAAACAGCAACCAGGGAAUCACCACAUACAGUGUGACUAGAGAAAGAGAGUAACUGCUGGAUUAAAACUAUAUAACCAGCUACAUCCUUCCUGGAAAAGCACAAUGUAACUAGAUCCCAUUAGAGAUAACACUGAGGGAUUGUCAAAAUUCUUGUUACACUGGAAUUUCCUUCUAUUGACUAUUCUUCAAAUAAGUAAACUAACAGCUGAAGAUUGGAAUUCAUAUGUCUGCACAGCAGUAAGACUAGAGACAUAGUCUUAAGUUUGUGUUUUGUGACAAAUAUAUUUUUACAGGUAGAAUUUCUAAUGUUAUACAUUUGAAAUAUGUAUACAUAUACACAUAUAUAUAUUUUAAUUGUGAUUUAUUUCAUGCUGUUGUUUUUGUUCUGAGUCUUGACAAAGGUAAAAUCUUCCAGCUUUCCUUCCACUUACCAAGACAUGUGAUCACAUGUUCCAUAAAAGGGACAGUGCCAAAUUUGGUGUACACUGAAAUGUAAAUUGUCAGAGUGGGACACAUCUGAUAAUUAAGACUGGAGCAAUUGUGUGCAGGAGAGGGGUGCUGGUGAGCCUCCUUGGAUACACUGGAACAUUUCUUUAUUAUUCUGUCCUUCCCUUCCAAUAGCUGCCAGAGUCAUGAAUGCAAGCCCCAACAUUUCCCAACGAGAAUUCGUGACAAUACAAGGCACUGACAUCGCAAGGUGUAGCAAAAAGAUCAGAGACUUUGGAAUCAGUUCUGCACCCAAAGUCUAGCUCUGCCAUUUACUAGUUGUUCAAGUUACUUAGCAUCUCUAAGCCUCAGUUUUCUCCUCUGUAAAACAGGGAUCAUGAUGAAAAUUAGGGAACAUAAAAAGCAACCAACAUGGUAUCUGACAUAUAGGAGGUACUUAAUAAAUGGUUGCUACUGCUAUAUGGAACAAGAAAACCAUGCUGGGUUUUGGGUAACAGUUGCUAUGGGUUGGUAAAUGUAAGGCUGAAGCAUGAUAGUCUUAAGCAGAGCUAAACUGCCUAUGCAUGAGGUGAAGCCAAUACCAUAAUUUCUGCUUUUCUACACCCAGCCCAGGGCAGCCUUUUAAAAAGCAUGUAUCUUUCCACUGAUGUACCUCCUUCCUUGUACUUAGGGAAAGGAGAGGAAAAGGAAAAACCUUCUCACUCAAUGAAAGACUUUGCAGUGUUUUUUUUAAAGCUCUACAGUUUCAGAGAAAUUGACUGAACAUCCAAGAUAUUCCAUCAAAAGGAAGAAAUACCAGUAAAAUUUCAUUUAUCACAAAAGACAGAAACUUACCUAAGACUUGAUGAAAUUAAAGGAAU